UAUAGAGCAGCAGCAGUUUUUCUACCAAACAGAUGCCAAAAAUGAUGUCUCGCUCUGUAACGAUUUUAUGUUUGUGGACGUCCGUUAGUUUCAAAUUUAUUUCCUGUACUAUUGUGGCACCCAAUAGCACUAGUGGAAUGCGGGAGAAACAGAAUGCUCCCAUACUUCCAGACCAGUUCAGUCUCACGAUGACAACGUUAGCCGAAACGAACAAGACCGUGUACCGCCUUAAAAUGAACUUUGAUCUCCCGCACUCCUUGGUCUCGUGCAUCACGGACUCAUUGGGUGGUGCAUACUUCCCGUCGUCCUCCAUUCAGAACCGCACCUUCUCUCGUACACUACUCGACUACAACAGCGGCCUGUCGUUCACGAUGCCCGUGGGCACGUGGCUUCUUAGCGGUGCUGGUUGUAGCGUCUCAGCUAUCGACAAUCCUAACCUGGAUCCCAUUGACUCCGACCGCUCGACAGUUGUCUACCUGAAGAACGCUCGCGCACUUUUUGAAUGGAAUCAGUCCACUGCGGUGUAUGCCGGACAGCGGGACUUCAACGGGAUGCCGACAGAUGUGUGGGUGUCCCAGCGGAGCAACAAUGACAUGAAGAUGAACAUUACCACCACAGUGGAGACGUAUUGGCUACAUGAAGACCGUGCGUCUUCCGGCGAUCGUAUUCUCGUGGGAGUCGUUAGCUAUCGGGCACUCCCGAACGGAACGAAUCUGGAGGCCCUCCAGAGUACUGUCAGCGAUUUCAACGCCGCACCUUUCUACUGGAAGACUUUUGACGUUGUGGACUGUCUGCAGAACGGCAAAGAGCAGACGAUCAGCUUUGGUUUGAAGGUGCAAAAUUACGGGGAAGUUGAAAUGCGGAUGCCGGUUUUUGAGACAGCAAUUCGCAACGCAUUGUCCAAUCUGACGGCGACAUCGCCGACGCAGCUAACCGAUAUUAGGGUUAUGCCGGGUGAUGCGGAGAACGAACUACGUAUCUUCGUGACUGUGUCAGACUGGGUUAACUACACAGCCAGGGGGACCAACAAGAUCAAGUAUCAGAGUGCCGCUGAAGUGGUUAAUGCUUUGAGGAGACUAUUUGACGAAAAGGAUCUAACGUUUGCUAUAACGUUUGCUAGGAGAACGCAGUCUGCGACUUUCCUGAAAGGCUCGAUCAAAAGCAGCCGUGAUCCUACCACCGCAACGGAUCACCCGACUACCAUUCCUCCUACGGAAACGUCCACUGCUGCCCAUGAGCAAAAUUCUUAGUUCUAUCUGCAUGUUAGUAUUAAUAUUAUUCGUGAGUAUGUCGGCCACUGGCAGCCCAUAUAGCCAAGCUGCUGAAUCUUUUUUAGUUUCUGCCAGUAUCAAUCCCAUUCUCAUUUUUUUUAUCCCUUUGAGUCGUAGCUGUGGGAAAAGCUCGU